ACAGAUCUGAAAUCCCGCUUGAUACUCCACCGACUUUAAACAACUUAACUAAAGAGAGAGAGAUUUGUGAGUUUUAAGUGUGUCAGUGACUCCUCUCUCCACCUUCCUUUUGCUCCAUCUUCAUCAAACCUACACUACUACACACUGUUUCUAUUAGAUCUACGGGGAAGCUAGUUUAAUCGGUGAAUGCAGUUGCAUUGACCUCGGAUCUAGUCAAAUCUCUUGUUGAAUUCCGAUAAGAAUGGGAGAGAAAUCGAAGUCUAGAGGUUGGUGUGGUUGGCUUAUCGCCAUUAUUGUGUUAGCUUCUGUUGUGCUCGCCGUCGUUUACACCGUCAAAUCUAGAAUGAAGAAAUCCGGUGACGAUGAAGGAGCUGGUCCUGUUCCUGGUCCUCCCGGCGCCAUUGAUAAGAAAUACGCCGACGCUCUCAAGAUGGCUUUGCAGUUCUUCGAUAUCCAGAAAUCUGGUAAAUUGGUGAACAAUAAGAUCUCUUGGAGAGGAGAUUCAGGUCUUAAAGAUGGAAGUGAAGCGGAUCUUGAUCUUUCCAAAGGAUUAUAUGAUGCUGGAGAUCAUAUUAAGUUUGGUUUCCCAAUGGCUUUCACUGCCACGGUGUUGUCAUGGUCGAUUCUUGAGUAUGGUGAUCAAAUGGAUGCUGUGAACUCAUUAGAUCCUGCUAAGGACUCGCUGAGGUGGACUACGGACUAUCUCAUCAAAGCUCAUCCUUCUGAUAAUGUGCUCUAUAUCCAGGUGGGAGAUCCAAAAGUAGAUCAUCCUUGCUGGGAGAGACCAGAGGACAUGAAAGAGAAGAGACCACUCACUAAAAUUGAUGCAGACACUCCUGGGACAGAGGUUGCUGCGGAAACUGCUGCAGCUAUGGCUUCAGCGUCUCUGGUGUUUAAGGAUAGUGACCCUCAAUAUUCAGCCACGCUUCUGAAGCAUGCGAAGCAGUUGUUUGAUUUCGCAGACACUAAACGAGGCUCGUACAGUGUUAACAUACCUGAGGUUCAGAAGUUUUACAAUUCCACGGGAUAUGGGGACGAGUUAUUAUGGGCUGCUAGUUGGUUGUACCACGCAACAGAGGACAAAACUUACCUUGACUAUGUGUCUAAACAUGGAAAUGAAUUUGCUAGUUUUGGAAAUCCAACUUGGUUUAGUUGGGACAACAAGCUUGCAGGAACACAGGUACUGUUAUCAAGAUUACUCUUCUUUAAAAAGGAUUUAUCAGGAAGCAAGGGACUUGGAAGUUACAGGGAUACAGCUAAAUCUGUCAUGUGUGGGCUUUUACCAAAGUCUCCAACAGCUACAGCUAGUAGAACAAAUGGUGGUCUUAUAUGGGUGAGUGAAUGGAACUCGAUGCAACAGUCCGUGUCCUCAGCAUUCUUAGCUUCGCUUUUCAGUGAUUACAUGCUCACUUCCCGAAUCCAUAAAAUAUCUUGCGAUGGGAAAAUCUUCAAAGCAACAGAGCUCAGAGAUUUCGCCAAAUCACAGGCUGAUUACAUGCUAGGGAAGAAUCCGCUAGGAACAAGCUUCGUGGUUGGUUAUGGAGACAAAUACCCACAAUUUGUGCAUCAUAGAGGAGCUUCAAUUCCCGCAGAUGCAACCACAGGGUGUUUAGAUGGGUUCAAAUGGUUCAACUCAACGAAACCAAACCCAAACAUAGCAUAUGGUGCACUCGUAGGUGGGCCUUUCUUGAACGAGACGUUCACUGACUCACGAGAGAACCCAAUGCAGAACGAGCCAACCACUUACAACAAUGCACUCCUCGUUGGUCUUUUGUCUAGUCUCGUCACUACCUCUUCUGCUUUACAGUCGUUGAAGUGAGAGCAUUUUUUUUCUCUUUAUUGCAAUCACAUUGCUUCAUUUUUACGUGUAUUUUUUUUUUUUUUUUAAAUGUGUGUGUGUUUAUUCACGCUGUGUAUUGGUUGAUAUGUUGAUGAGUGUUAAAUAAACAGUUUUAGUUUUCUAAUCAAAA